UACAUAUUUUCUUUUCUUUUUUCCCCUUAAAGCUCUCCCUCCAUAUUCUCUGCAGUACUUGCAUUUCAUUGCACAUUUUGAUCAACCCCCAUUUUGUAUAUCGUGAGUUAUUUUGUGGAUUAGAAGAGAGACUAAUGUCUACUACGAGGGAAGGGAACCACAAAAAGAAGGGAACUGCAGAGGCCAAGGCAGUUUCUUGGCAAGAGAAGAAAAGCCUCGCAGAUAAGGAGGAAGAAGUCCUGCAGAAAGAAAUAGAAGAUCUUGGAAUAUGGACUGAAAUGAUGGAUUCCAUGAAUGACGAGCAGAAAAAGGAGUAUCUAUAUAACAGACCCCAAGAACUAAAGACUGUGAAGAUCCAAAAAGGCAAACCAAGGCAAAGAGUCCAAAGAGGUGAGAAAUCUAAACCUUCUACUUCUAAUGGCAUUUUGGCUUCGGUAUGGAAGUUCCACAAGGAAGAUGAUGAUGAAUUCAAAAGUGGGUCUAAUGUCUAAAUGUUUGGUUGCCAAAGUAGUAGUGUUGUAUUGAUUAGGCUGGUAUUGUAGCAUGUAAGUAGCUUUAUCAAAAGCCAGAUCCCCUCUUACAAAUGUCAAACAUUUCAUUGAAUUA